ACGGUUUGUUUGUUUUCGCGCAGAGUUCCGCUUUGGUUCGUUCGUUUUUCCUCUUUUAAUCUCAGGAGAAGCCGUUUUAUUUUGUGUUAUUUAGAAUUUAAACAGAAUGAACUCUCCACCUUGGCGUAAAGGAAAGAAACUGGUUCACCUGGAUUUAAAAGGUGCUCCACCAAGAAGGGAAUACUUGUACCAGCUGAUGGACCUCUUCUCCUGUCUGGGAGCUGACGGUCUCCUGGUGGAGUACGAGGACAUGUUUCCUUAUGAGGGUGACCUGAAGCUGCUGCAGGCCACGGAACCUCCUGCUUACAGUCGAGACGACAUCUUGUCCAUUCAAAACUGUGCCAAAUGUAAGGGGUUAGAGGUCGUCCCCUUGGUGCAGACAUUUGGUCACAUGGAGUUUGUGCUGAAGCAUCGGCCCCUGAAGGGCCUCAGAGAGGUUCCACAGUGUUUGGGCACCCUGAACCCCCACAGAGAGGAGGGGGUGAAGCUGGUGAUGGAGAUGCUGAGGCAGGUUGUGGUGCUGCAUCCGGACCUCCACACGCUGCACAUUGGAGCAGACGAGGUGUAUCUGCUCGGUGAGGGGGAAGAGUCAAAACAGUGGCUGGCCACACCUGGACAUACGGUGGAGCAGCUUUUUCUGAGACACGUCACCAAAGUGGCCAAGGCUGUCAAGGAGGCGUGGCCUCACAUAACCAUUAUAAUGUGGGAUGACAUGAUGAGAAACAUGAGCCAUGAGACGCUUAAAGUGAGUGGACUGGUCGGCCUCGUGCAGCCCAUGCUAUGGGACUACACACCUGCUCUGGAUGUGGACAGAACCGUGUCCCUGCUGGAGAAGUACUGCAGUGCCGGUAUGUCAGAGCUGUGGGCAGCCAGUUCCUUUAAAGGCUCAACAUGCAGUUACACGUGUGUGACCAACACACAGAGACACGUGGACAACCACCUGCAGUGGCUGAAGGUGGCGGCUUCCGUCUCUGCUGGGAUCAACCUGCAGGGCAUCGCCCUGACAGGCUGGCAAAGGUAUGACCACCUAUCAGUGCUGUGCGAGCUGAUGCCUGUGGCUCUCCCGUCAUUGGCGGCCUGCCUGCAGACCCUCAUCCACGGCCAGUUCAGUGCUGAAGUUCAAGGCACAGUGGGUGAGAAGCUGAGCGUCUCCUCCGUGGAGGUCAAGGAGAUGGGGAGACAUUCUGCAGAGGAGUCGUCGUUUGCAGGGAAGAAGCUUGCAGAGUUAAUCGUGGAGCUCAGUUCACUGCUCAACUCAGACGACAUCCGGUUUUUUGACAAUGGCAUGUUGGUCAGAGGAUGGUUCAGCCCGUACCAGCGGCGCCGGAAGCUGGUGAACCCGUUCUUCAUCAUGCAGAUUCACAGUCAGGCAGCAACGUAUCUGACUGCACUGGGUCAGAAGGUGGACACUCUGAGAAACGAGAUGGUGCAUCUUUACCCAGAACAGACAGUGGACGAGUGGAUCGAGCAGCACGUCAACCCUGUGGUGACGCCUUUACGCAGGAUUACAGACGACAUCGAAGCCUGUCUGGAAGAGCUGAUGCCAUAACAUUAAAAAACGGAUCGGAGAAUAUAAUCCAGGGUUUGUGUUAAAAAAACAAAACAUUUAUAUCAUUCCUGACAAAGUAUCAAAACAAAUAAAAUGCCUCAGUAGAUAAGGUAAGUGGCAGAUCCCUGAUUAGAUCCAAGCUUCAGAGGACAAAGGGCUCGCCUGAGACUUUGGUUUACAAAAACUGAACUUGUACUUAAAUGAGCCACGAAAGUCCUUCAUGCUUGGCUGCAGCCAGCAUUCAUCUGGUUUGUGAGAAAACAUGCAGAUGUUUUUAAAACAGGGAGGUCCAGAAAACAGGGAAACAGAGCAUUUUCAGUUCCCUCCACUGACACACAAACAGUCAUUAGAGUUCAGCAGGAAGACACCCAAAGUCUCAAACAGUAAUUAGAUCAUUUAGAUCAGUGUUAUGGUCUCACCAUAUAACCUGGGGAUUAGUUUGAAAAUGGGAC